AUGCUCCGCUCCUUCCUCGACCGCAUCUUCCCCCUCACAGUCCUCUACGCCCUCCUAACCUACACCUCCCUCCAACUCGGCCCCUACACCACGCCCCUAACCUCAACAAUCCUCUUCCUCCUCUUCACAUCCUGGUACCUCCUAAAACUCCACCACCACCUGCAACAAACCCUCCUGAUCCGGCGCCUCGGGAAACAAGCGCCCAUCGUCCGCACCUACACGCCCUUCAACGUCGGCUUCCUCGUGCAGGCGCUGUGGUACUUCUCGCAGCACAGGAACCAUGAGCUGUGGUGGAAGUUGUUCCGCACCGUGGGGAAUCCGAAACGGCCCUAUACGGUUGAGGCGGUGACGGUCGGGCAGAGGAUUAUUUUUACGGCGGAUGAGGAGAAUGUCAAGGCGAUUUUGGCGACGCAGUUUGGGGAGUAUGGGAAGGGGCCGCAGUUUCGGAAGGAGUGGAAGGAUUUUUUGGGGUUGAGUAUCUUCACGACCGAUGGACAGCAAUGGCACGACAGUCGCCAGCUGCUCAGGCCGCAGUUCAUCAAGGAUCGUGUGUCGGACUUGCAUACCUUUGAGCACCAUGUCAAGGAACUUCUGCCUCUCUUGAAUGGAACUCAUGGUGACGCGACAGUCAAAGUGGACGAUCUGUUCUUCCGCUUCACUUUGGACGCAGCAACAGACUUUCUCUUCGCUAGGAGCGUCGGCAGUCUGCAGAAUGGAGAAGCCGAGUUUGCAAGAGCAUUCGCUGAGGUUCAGCGAGUGCAAGCCAUCAUCGCCAGGGCUGGACCUUUGCAAGGACUUCAACCUAAGGCGUCGUUCCACAAAGCCCUCAGCGUGCUGAACAAGUUCGUGGACCGAUACAUCGACGAAGCUCUUGCACUGCCGAAAGAUGAACUCGAGAAGAAGACGAAAUCCGACGACGGCUAUACUUUCCUUCACGCCAUUGCCACCUACACCAGAGACAGGCAGGUGCUAAGGGAUCAGCUUGUCGCAGUGCUUCUGGCAGGCCGGGAUACCACGGCCGUGACUCUCUCUUGGCUGUUUUACGAACUCUCCAACCACCCACAGGUAGUCGAGAAACUCCGCCAGGAGAUUAUUGACCGUGUCGGGUUGGAUCGCGUACCCACUUAUGAUGACCUGAAGUCGAUGCGCUACUUGCAGCACACGCUGAGCGAGACACUGCGUUUGUACCCCGUCGUGCCAUACAACGUACGCGUCGCGCUCCAAGACACAACAUUACCUCACGGUGGUGGACCCGACGGGACCGAACCCAUAGGCAUCACCAAAGACACGCCAAUUGGUUACUCGACGUUUGUGAUGCAGCGACGCGCUGACAUUUAUCCUCCACAGUCCAGCGGCUUCCCGGAUCAUCUGGCGUUUGUACCUGAACGCUGGGAGAAUUGGACGCCGAAAUCCUGGACGUACGUUCCAUUCAAUGGCGGACCAAGGAUAUGCAUUGGACAGCAGUUCGCCUUGACUGAGAUGGCGUACACCGUGACUAGGAUUCUCCAGACGUUCGAGAGGGUGGAGAGCAGGAUGGAUGGGUUCCCUGGUACCAAGUCGGAUAUUGUACUUCAACCGGCCAGGGGUGUUUAUGUUGCAUUCGUCAAGGGGCAGAAGUCGUGA